GGGAGACCAGAUAUAGUGAAUGCAGGGUCCUGGGAGACCAGAUAUAGUAAAUGCAGGGUCCGGAGAGACCUGAUAUAGUGAAUGCAGGGUCUGGGGAGACCGGAUAUCGUGAAUGCAGGGUCCGGGGAGACCAGAUAUAGUGAAUGCAGGGUCCGGGGAGAGCGGAUAUAGUGAAUGCAAGGGUCCGGGGAGAGCGGAUAUAGUGAAUGCAGGGUCCGGGGAGAGCGGAUAUAGUGAAUGCAGGGGUCCGGGGAGAGCGGAUAUAGUGAAUGCAGGGUCCGGGGAGAGCGGAUAUAGUGAAUGCAGGGUCCGGGAA